AUGUGCAUAGGAUUCCAGCCUUAGCAUCCCCACAUGCUCCCUGAACUCCCAAGGAUAUGGGCUCAGGAUGACUUCAGCCCUCUAUGCACAAAAACAGGUGAAGAAGCAUCCUCUUGUUCAUCUGAUCAACCUGUGUGCCUGGCCAGUUGGUCCAAUCUGCAGCAGUACACAGCUGAACCCCCAGAAAGAUGGUUCAAAGAGGGGAAGAUGGCAUCAGGUAACCCCAGGGAACUGGAUCCAGGAAGUCAGUCUGCACAAAUAGGAGAGGGCACUCUGGAAACUGAGUCCGUGUCACUGGCUGUAGGGGAAGGGUUCCCAAAUGAGAUUGCCCUCUCAUUUUCUGUCAAGAGUCGCUCGGGACAGGGCCUCAAUCCCCAGCUGCAGGAGACAGCAAGAAAGAAGCUGUGGGCCUUAGAAAAUGACGACAAAGAUGUUUGUGCUCUUUUCAAGGAGCUGUCAGCCCGGCUGGUUUGUAUCCAGGCACAGGACAGUCGCUUUCUACUCUCCUUCAGGACCAUAGAAGAAAUCUGGAAGUUUUCAACAUACUUAGCACUUGGCUAUGUGGGCUGCUGUUUGGAGCUUCUUCUCUUCACCCCUGAGUACUGGCUGAACUGUGCUCUGGUGGAGGAUACCGAGAUAACUGUUGCUCUAGAUGAGGAUCACAUGGCCACCAUGUACUUAGGUCUUCUGCUUCAGGAAGGAAACUUCUUUGCCAGGGUCGUGGUUGGUGUCCUGACAGAUGAAGAAGGGGAGGAUUUGAAGCUCUCCAAAAAUGAGCUUGUCCAUGUGAAAGACAUUGGGCAUGACACCAAAUGGGAAGGGACAUCUUUGUUGAAUGAUCAGAGGGGCCUGGUCCCUGUCACAGCCAUGGAACCAUUGCCCCAUCCUUUUUACCAGUGGUUCCUGAAGAACUAUCCAAUGAGCUGUGGCAUCUCCAAACAAAUCAGCGGACCUGGCUCUUUGCAAAUUGGCCAAGGGAGGUGCACCACUACAGAAGAUCACAGAGGGAGAGGAUGGGACGAGCUGAGCUUCUGCAAAGGGGACACCAUAGAGGUCACUGGCUUUCUCAUUCCAGGCCUCCAGUGGUUUAUAGGGAAAUCCACAACCAGCGGUGAAGUAGGCUUUGUCCAAACCAGAUGUGUGCAUCCUGAAACUUGUGAGCCGAUGCAAAAGAAUACAGUAUUUUUUAGUGAAGAAGAAAUCGCUUCCAUUCUGCAGGUUCCAUCCAACGGCAAUGAGACACAUUACAGUAAUCUUCUGGGUGAAUGGGCGCAAACAGACAUCACUUCUGUUUACAGGCUUGAUGGCUUUGAACCUGUGGCAAUGUACCCAAGAAUGCCAUCAGAUGCAGUUGUUCAGGGACUUAAGGAUGGCUGGAUGUUUGAGAGCUGGGGGAAGCAGGCUAGCAAUAGCUUGCCCACUCCUAGUGGUUCUGAAAAGUCCAGUCCUGUUGGUGACUCUUCACCUUCUACCCUGGAGCACUUACUUCUGCCAGAACCAGAUGACCUUGAUGACCCCAAGUUCUUUAUUGACCUGAACACUGGGCAUAUGGAGGACUCUGAUGUUUUUGACCCUAUCUUGACUUUUCUCAACCAAGAUGGCUAUGUGCCCCAUUUCCAAAGUCUCUAUGACCUCUCUUUUUCCUUCCUCAGUUCCACCUUCUAUGGCUUCUCCAGUGAGGAAGAGCUAGUCCUAUACCUAGAGACAUCCAGGAACUGGGCCAAGAGAGGUCACCUUGCUUGGGCUCACAUCCGGAUAUGCUUUCUCUUGGGCCGCCUCUGCACCAAGAAGGCCAAGUUCUCUCAGGCUCGAGUCUAUUUUGAGGAAGCCAUGAGUGCUAUUGACAGAGGUUUUGACGACCUGCCGCUGCUUGCCUCGCUGCACACGAACCUCGCUGCCAUUUACCUGAAGCAGAAGAUGAAGCAGAAGUUCUUGUCCAUGCUUGGGAAAGGGGUGGCCCUUCUGGCCUGCCUGCCUGGACACUGCUUCUGUUCUGAGAAUGAGCUUGAGGUCAUGAUGUACAUUCUGAGAGAAGCCAUCGCCAUGGGCAACAUUGCUUUGGAAGCUCGGGCCUGCCUUCUUGUGGUCAGGCUCUUCUUGCAGCUGGGCAAGUAUGAUGAGGUCCUGCCUUUCUCCGAACGCUUGCAGUUCCUGUGCUCCAGUGUCUCCAGCCAGGACUCCAGUGCACCCUCUUUGGACCUGAUGCCUCUCCUGACCUACCUCUAUGACAAGAAGUGCUUGCCGCAUGUUGCCUUGGCAUCUGCCAGGCUUUCCCCUCCCAGCCCUGUGAAAGGGGCACCAACACCCAUUUGGAAAGCUGGAUUCAUCCUUUCAAAUGCUUCUAAGCUCCUGGUGGUCCAAGACCGGAGAAGCAGAAGUAGUGUCCCUGCUUUGGCUUGCCUCUACCUGAGCUGUGCCUUGGCCUUCUGCCAUGAAAACGGAGCUGUGCCCAUGGAGAGAGCCCUUUGUGCAGUGUUAUCCAAAAUGUACCUCAAGCAUGGCAUGUUACAAGGAGCCGUUCAUUAUUCAAACAGGGCCGUUGCCCUUGGCAAAGUGAUGGGCGAAGAGGAAGCUUUUGAGUCCUCCCUUUCUUUGGGGUGGGUGUAUGCUUUGAGCAGCCAGCCAGAAAAAGCGUCGGAGAUCAUGUUGCGCCUCCUGCGUUCUCUGCGACAGACAGACAGCAUCACACAAGACGGGGUUGUCCACAACCUUCUGGCCAUCGCCCUUAAAGGAGAAGGGCAGGUGCAGAAGUCAGCAGAGAACUACUUGAGGGCCUUAAACAAAGCCCAGGAGACUGGCAACAGGUGGAACCAAGCCAUUGCCUUAUCCAACUUUGGGUGCUUGGCUGUCUCUUGCCAGGCAAGCCACCUAGCAGAAUGCUAUUUUCUCCAGGCUGUUAGGUUGUAUUUUGAACUGCAGGGUGGAGAUGAUGCACAGGUGGAGCUGGUGCAGAUUCUGCUGUGGUUGGCGCAGUGCCAGGUGGAGAUGCAUAAGACAGAUGAGAGCAAACUGUUUUAUGAACUCGCCUUGGCCGUUGCCUUGAAUACACGCAACAUUAUGAGUCAACUUCAGGUCACUGAGUCCAUCUGCCAUUUCUAUCGCAAAGUGCAGCCAAACACUGGGGCCUGCAUCAUCUACCAUGAACACCAACUCUUCCUAGCUCAGCAGCUCCAGGACAAAGAAAUGGAAGGGCAGCUUCUGCAGGACCUCAGCCACCUCUACCAGAGUCUACAGACAACCAGAUAUGUGAAACGGGCCCUGGAUUAUACCAAACAGAGUCUGAGAAUCUUCAUUGACCUGGAGGAAACGGUCAAAACAGCGCAGGCCUGGCUGCAGGCUGGAAGGCUUUACUAUCAAAUGCAAGAGGAUGAACUUGUGGAAAUGUAUUUGCAGGCAGCCAUACAGACGUCACUGAAAUCUGAAGAGCUGCAUUUGGCCAUGGAACUAUAUGAAGAGGCUGGUGAUGUCUUUUUCAAUGGGAUCCGGAACAGACAAAAGGCAGUGGACUAUUACAGGGGAGGAGCUGUCCCUUUGGCUAGGAAGCUGAAGGUGCUGCAGACUGAGUUGAGAGUGUUCAACAAGCUGACGGAGCUGCAGCUUGGACUCCAGAAUUAUGAGAAGGCUUUGGAAUUUGCUACCUUGGCAACCAGGCUCAGUGUGGAUGUAGGAGAUCAGUUGCAAGAAGUGGUUGCCUUUCACCGCCUGGCAACAGUGUACUAUUUUCUGCAAAUGUAUGAAAUGGCUGAGGACUGCUAUCUGAGGACACUCUCUCUGCGCUCACCAUUGUUGCAAGGUGCUCAGGAAGCUAUGUAUUAUUCCAAGGUUUACUGUCGCCUGGGAGAUUUGACCCUGCACAAACUAAAGGAUGAACACGAUGCAGCUAACUACUUCCUCUUGGCCUUGGCUGCUGCCACUGAGCUUGAUGACCAGGCUUGGGAAUGCAAGAUUCAGUCCAAGUUGGCACAAAUAUAUCAUGCUUCCCAGUCCGAUAAGAGCCCAAGGGGGUGGACCACGUAUCGGUCCCGGUGGCUGAGCGAAGGAAGACGUGAUGUAUGACAAAUCACCUUGUGGGACUCAAGAGCUCUCAGACCUCUGAACCAGAAGAAACGAAGCUCGUUUUUCUCACCUCACUGCCAAAGAGCUCUCAAGUGCCUCCUUGACUUUGAAGCGAAGGGGAGAAACACGUUCCGGCGCUUCACUCUCCCUGUGUUUUGAAAUUACUGAUGAGAAAACCUUAAUGUGUUGGGGGAUGGAUGCGCUUGCUCAUAGACUGACGCAAAGUGGAUAAAAGCCAGGUCCCUCGUGUUUUUAUAGCCUAAUAUUUAUCAGCAACACAUACGAAGAGAAUACUUCCAUCUAGACCUCAUUUAAUUAGAUACACACUGUGAAGGUGUUGCUUAAAGUGCAAAUUGAAAGCACAAGG